AGACCUAGUUUUCUCUCCUCCCACUCACUGCUCUGGAGUCUCCAUCAGCUAAAAUGUCCCAUUUCGUGCUGUUUCACUGGAUUAUGAUACAGAUCUUUAUAGCACGCACCGCAUCCGAAACUGUUGUUAGAGGAGUAAUAGGGAAACCUGUUAAGUUGCCUUGCUCCUACCAGGUGGCACGACUUAAGGACAUCUCCGAUAUGUGCUGGGGCAGAGGCCCGUGCCCAAAUUCAAAGUGCAAUAACAAAAUUCUGCACACCACUGGGAACAGGGUAACAUUCAGAAAAUCUCAGAGAUACAAUCUCCAGGGCUAUAUUUCCUACGGAGAUGUGUCUCUCACGAUUGCGAAAGUGAAGGCAGAAGAUGCAGGUACAUAUUGCUGCCGCAUAGAGAUCCCGGGCUGGUUCAACGACAUCAAACAGAACAUGCGGCUGGAGGUGGUCAGAGGCCCUCCAGUGAUGACAACCACCACAAGAAAGGCUCCCAUUUCCCCCAAACAUUUUAGAAAAACAACUUUUGCUCCCCAAGCAACCUCUGAUCAUCAAACCACAGCAGAGACUGCUGUCCUCCCAGCAACCACCAUCCCCCCAGCAACAACUGCAACCACUGAGUCUCCAGCAGUAACUACACUGGAGACUGUUGCUCCCCCAAUAUUUGCUGUGACAGCAAAUGAUACUUCUCUAGAAACUAUGGUGACAACCAGUGCCCUCCCAGAUUUUUCAACUGAUUUCCAAGCAGCUGACAUGAGGACUGAAGAUGACUACAUGUUCUGCUCAGCAGAGUCUGCCCCUUUUCCUGGAGUGACUACCGAAUUUCCAAGUACACUUCUAACUGCAGAGGGAACUAAAAGUGCUGACACUUCUCCCAUGGUUGAAGAUGUGCCAACUGCAGCAACAACCCUGCCAGCACCAACGACACUUUGGACCACGAAGAGAACCCUUGCUCCUUCAGGGAUUUCCACAAAUUCAGACAGUGAGGUUGAGAACCAUUAUGAUAACGGAGAGAAGUUUCUCAGCUAUGCCAUUCUCAUUGCCUGCCUCACAGUGGUGCCCAUUCUUUUCAUAUUGAUGUCUUUGUUGCUGUGGAAACGAUUGUGUCACCAUGAGGAGACCAGGGACCAUGAGUUGGUGGGGAUGCAGCAGGAGGAAGCCUGUGCAAAGAACCUGUUCACUCACUUGUUGCAGGUAAACACACAAAGAAGUUUAUAAUAAAAAGCCUUGAACCAGCGGAAGACCUUGAAAAAGUUUUCAGUGGCACUGAAGGAGAAAACAGCAUUUUUUUCCUGUGAAGAGUUCCUACAUCAUCUGUAGAUGCCAUGGAAAAUAAAAAGGGCCUGUUUCAUGCUGCAUUGAGAGAUGCUUAUGAGCCCUCAAAAUAUCAAUGGGUGUAAAGCAAAGGCCAAAGCUUCAACUAUGAAAAUUUAAAAAUCUUUGUGCAAAUUUUGCCAUGUCAUCUUUAGAACUCAUUGCAUAAAGAAGUUUCUUUGAGAAGGUGCUUUAUGCAUUAUUCAUAGGUGUUUCUGGUAUCUGCCUUCUUACUAAUACCAUGUUACAGAAUUUAAUUAGUUUUUCUCCAUUUUUACUAAUGCUGUUCCUUGAAUACAACUUAUACUGUGAAGAACAGAAGAGAGAAGAAAUAACACAGAAUGCUGCCUGACUUCAAAUUGCCAAAAAAAAGAAAAAAAAAAGAAAAAAAAAAAAACCAACAAAUACUAUUCUUAUUGCUUUUAUAUAAUCAAGAGAAAAAUUAAGCCACAAGAAUGCUGCAAGUAUAAAUCAAAAGUGCAGAUUUCUUAAGGGGUACUAAUGCUGCCUGUGAUUCAGCAUGUUUGAAUGACCCUUGGAGACUAUGUUAAUAAACUUUGUAAUU